AUGUAAUAUUUUGUUCCGCAAUGCCACAUUGUUAUAGAAUAAGCGGUUUUGAGAGAAAACUAUGAGUUUGGAUAGGUCUAACUAAAAGAAGUGCAGUUGGCUUAGUUAUAUAAAUAUGCAACGCAUCAUCAUUCCCAUCAUCAUAAUAAUUAUAUUCUAGCGUAAAAUCUGAUUAAAGAGUUGAUUUGCCACUUCAGAGACUAAAAAAUGUAUAGAUUUUUAAUAGAGUUGGUUUAAAAGUUAAUAACUAAAGCAGACAUUAUAUAAUACUCAAAUAGAAAUGCUAUAGCUUUGAAACCACACCUUGCUAGCCAAAUAGCUUCUCUAGAGUAUGCAGCUAAUACUAUUAAUAAUUUUCCACAACUUAUUGCAUUACGAGAUAUAAUAUUAGGGUAUUUUUCAACGACCUUCCAGACACCUCCUUUUAUAAUAAACUAGUAUCUUAUAGAUCUAUUUAAUGAGCAAUUCAUUAAAGACAUCUAUUUGACAUAGUUUAACCAAGUACAUUAAGUUCAGCUUAUCACUUAUGGGCAUCAUUAUACACCUAAUUAUUCAUCCUUCACUUUUUAUCUAUAAGAUGAUGAUAUUUACUCUCAGGUUCAACCUCAAAUAAAUACUGUUGUAACUUCAUAAUACAAUUAUCAAUAACCACCUUAAAAUCCUUAUUAAUCAUACCCAACAAAUCAACAACAAUUGAACAUGACCGAUUCAUAAUAUUAAAAAUAUUAAUCCCAACAAACUUCAUAUUAAUAAUAAUAGCCAUAAUAGAUAACUUACAACAAUUAUAACAAUUAGAGUACCUAUGUUCAACCUUCAAAUCCAUAUUAGAGUGUUCCUUAACCGUAAAUAUUAGGUUAUUUGAACAAUAAUUAAAAUUAAGCCAAUCCAUACUCUUCUCCUCCAUAGCCAUCAAUAGUGGGAUACUAAUAGACGUCAACUUACAAUUAUAACAAUUAAACAACAGCUCAAACAUAAUAGUACUAAGCAGUCCCACCUUAGUCAGCUCUAAAUUAAGGUUAACCAAAUUAUUAAACUCAACCUUCAGGAUAUUAAAAUUCCACUUAGCCACCAGGAUAUUAAAAUCCCUCAUAAAUCCCAGGAUAUUAAAACCCCUUAUAAUCCCCUGGAUAUUAAGAUCCCUCAUAAAUCCCAGGAUAUUAAAAUCCCUUAUAAUCCCCUGGAUAUUAAGAUCCCUCUUAAAUCCCAGGAUAUUAAAAUCCCUCAUAAUCUCCAGGAUACUAAGAUCCAUCUUAAAUCCCAGGAUAUUAAAAUCCAUUAUAAUCCCCAGGAUAUUAAAAUACAUCUUAAUCUCCAGGAUAUUAAAAUAACUCUUAACUUCCAGGAUAUUAAAAUAUGUCCUAACCUCCAGGUUAUUAAAAUUCCUCUUUACCUAAUCAUCCUAAAUAGAUUGCUUAAUUUCCUCCUACUCAAGGAUAUUAAUAUAGUCUUCAAAAUAACUAAGAUUAUUAAAGCUAGUAAAAUUAAGUUUAUCCUAAUUAAAUAUCACCCUCCUAUCCAAUAUCAAAUUUUAACAAUGAUCCAAAAUAACCAGUUGAAUAAUAAAAUAAUUAUAACACAAAUCCAAAUUAACAGUAGAACCCACAAUAUCAAUAGCCUCCUCCAUAUUCUUAAGGUUAGGCUUAAUCAUAUGAAUCAAAAUAAUUGGCUACAACCUAAGUUGCAUAAAAUGUUGCCCAAGCUCCAGAUCAAACUAAAGAAUAAUAUUAGGGUAAUCUAGAUCAAAAUAAUUAAAAUAUCCAAGCUCAAUUAGUUAAACAAAAUUCAAAUGUCUAAUAACCAAUUCCAGAUCUAAGAUAGGCUACAUCUAUAUAUUCACAUCCAAUCCCUGACAAUAAUUAAUUAGAAUAUCAAAAUCCUUCUAAUUAAACUUCAGGAAAUCCAUAAAUGGCUCCUCCUCCUCCUCCACCUCCACCUCCUCCUCCUCCUCCCGCCCAGCAAUAGCCUUCUUAAGAGUUCUUAAAUUAAAAAAAUAUAAAAGAAUAAAAUCCAGUUCCUUAAUAAGGAUCCCUCAACUUUUAAAAUUCAAUUUAAAAUAAUAUGCCAGCAUAAGAUGAUAAAAGCUUAUUAGAAGCAUUAUUUUUGAAUUAAAGCUUAAAAAAUCUAUAACUAAUUGACAAUAAAGGUGCUCCUUUAAUUGAUUAAAAGAUUUCGUUUAGGAAUGAUAGAGAUGUCAAAGGAUUUAAGAAUCAUGAUGAACAUGCUUUGUACAUUUUAAAAUGCUACAUUGAAGGAAAAUAUGCACAAAAUAAAAUAGAUAGAACAGCAGAAAUGAAGAAUUUAGUGAGUUUCUGA